UCAAUAACAUUAUAGAUUUACACAAUAUAUAACACUAAAAUAUAAAUUAUAUCUUUGAAAGUUUUGCGAUGAUAUAUGUUAUAUAUUUAUAAAAUGAAAAUCUACCCGCACUCCGUGCGGGUAAUAAAUCUAGUCUAUACUUAUUCUCAAAGGAAAACAUGAGGAAUCUAUAUUACGAGAUGAAACAAUUACUAGAUCUCAACAUUUAACAAAAGUGAUAAAAUCAUAACAAAAUGUGGUACAAAAACAAUUAUGGUACAAUUUUCAACUUCUUCAAAAUUAGAAAAUUUUGAAAUCUUGUUAAAUUAUCAGUUGAAAACUUUCAAAUGAAAAUUCCAAAUAAACUUUCAAAUUCUAACUCCUUAAUUUACAAUUUUUUCUGUUUCUAGGGCAUCUUCAUCUCUACUCCAUUUUUUCUUCUAAAAUGGAGUAAAAGUGAAUAUAUAGUAAUGAAUGCUCUAACCCAACUCUAUAUUUCACUUUAUAAUGAAAUUUACUUCAUGAAUGGAGUAAUAUAUUUUUGUUUGUUUAUCACUCCAUUAUAAAGUGGGAAAUAGAGUAGGUUGGAGCAAUUUUACUUCAUUUUUACUUUUACUCUAUGUUGGAGGAAAAAAUAAAGUUUUACGCUGGAGAUGAUCUUACGCUAAUAUUCGGUUAAAUUAGUUUGAGCACGCUUUAUGAAAAAGACAAACAAUAAAGAGAGAGAAGAGGCGAUAAAAUUCAAGAUUAUGACAAGACUUUGAAAGAAGUGUUGUCGACGCCAAGAACAAAACGAACAUCUGCUCUCUGCUUGCGAUUCAGACACGACUUACAACUAUGGAUGCGUGAUUCUUCUUCUCAGGUCAGUUUCUCUUCUGAUAUUUGCUUCAUAUCAAUCAUCUCUCUGCUCAAGUUGAUUAGAGUUAACUACAUGUAUAUUAUGAACUAACCAUAUAAGAAAUAUUAGAACUAAACAUUACCUGGUGGAGUUUGAAUUGACUGUCGCCAUCUUCGUCACUGAGACCAACUUGCAUUUUGAAUUAUAUAAUGCAUGACUCCUUCCACCCACGCUGAAAAAAAUUACUCGGGAUGUAACUUUUUCUAUUUUUGACCCAAAAGUCAACUAAUGCUCUUGUGCUUGCGUCUCUGGAAACAUGUUUGACCAAUCAUCCUACAUCUAAUUAAAAAAGUAUAGCUAUGUUUUAAUUGUAAUUUAGAUAUAAUUGCUUUGAAAUAUACCCAAAUAAUGAAACUUGUAAAGUUAACCAAAAUAUCGUAAAUUAAAAUAUCCACAUACAAAUUUCAUAAACAAAUAAUAUGGUUUACUUUUCAACUAAAAUUUUGAAUUGUUUUUUUUUUUAUCAAAUUUUGAAUUGUUUUUUUUUCUUAAGAAUAGUCUGCUAUACCAGUUGAACAAGCCACCAGUUUUUUAUUUUUUUUUUCAUUUUAAGGUUUAUCUGUAGAGAAAUUUUCUUAUUUAAAAUUCAGUUUCCUCUGUAAUCAUUUGCUUGUUCUGAUAAGCAAGAAUCAACCGACUGAGACGUGCGUCACAAACAAACCUAAAAAAUGAGCUAUAACGUUUGUUUCCUUGUGUUCUUGAGUUGUCUACUUCUACCUGGUGUUACUUUUGCUACCAACAUGGAACAAACCACUAUAGUAAUAGACGGUACACGUCAAAUCGCUGAGAUCGAUGAGAACUUUGUCUGCGCAACACUUGAUUGGUGGCCACCUGAAAAAUGCAACUAUGAUCAGUGUCCUUGGGGCUACGCGUCACUCAUCAACUUGAACUUGUCUUCUCCUCUUCUUGCUAAAGCUAUUCAAGCUUUUAAGACACUGAGGAUAAGAAUAGGUGGCUCCUUGCAAGACCAAGUGAUCUACGACGUAGGAGACUUGAAGACUCCUUGCACUCAGUUCAAAAAGACUGACGAUGGCUUGUUCGGAUUUUCUGAAGGAUGUUUGUAUAUGGAACGUUGGGACGAACUUAACCGUUUCUUCCACGCAACCGGGGCUAUUGUGACUUUCGGUUUGAAUGCGUUAUACGGGAGAGAGAAACUCAGAGGAAAUGCAUGGGGAGGGGAGUGGGAUCACACCAAUACUCAAGAUUUCAUGAACUAUACAGUCUCAAAGGGUUACGCUGUAGACUCAUGGGAGUUUGGUAAUGAGCUUAGUGGAAGCGGGAUUGGUGCAAGUGUAAGUGUAGAGCUUUACGGUAACGACUUGAUAGUACUUAAAGAUGUAAUCAAGAACGUUUACAAGACUUCUCAAACCAAGCCAUUGCUUCUAGCUCCUGGAGGGUUCUAUGAAGAAAAAUGGUACUCGGAGCUUUUUCGCCUCUCUGGACCUGGUGUUCUUGAUGUCAUGACUCAUCAUAUAUACAACCUUGGUCCAGGGAAUGAUCCAAAGCUUGUGAGUAGGAUACUAGAUCCCAAGUACUUGAGCGGAUCAGUUACGGGACUAUUCAAGAAUGUUGAGAGAACGAUUCAAGAACAUGGACCUUGGGCUUCUGCUUGGGUUGGAGAAGCUGGAGGAGCUUUUAAUAGCGGUGGCCGGGAGGUUUCUGAGACAUUCAUUAACAGCUUCUGGUAUCUAGAUCAGUUUGGUAUGUCGUCUAUGCACAACACUAAAGUAUACUGCAGACAAGCUUUGGUUGGAGGUUUCUACGGGCUGCUCGAAAAGGAAACGUUUGUUCCCAAUCCAGAUUACUACAGUGCGCUUCUUUGGCAUCGUUUAAUGGGUAAAGGCGUUCUUGGCGUUCAGACAAAUGCGUCAGAGUAUCUACGGACUUACGUUCAUUGUUCCAAAGGAAGAGCGGGGAUAACGAUUCUUCUGAUUAAUCUGAGCAAGCAAACGACGUUUACAGUAGGAGUCAGCAAUGGCGUGAAGGUGGUUUUGCAAGCAGAAUCUACGAAGAGGAGAUCUUUCUUGGAAACAAUCAAGAGCAAGGUUUCUUGGGUGGGAAAGAAAGCUUCUGAUGGAUAUUUGAACAGAGAAGAGUAUCACUUGAGUCCAAAAGACGGUGACUUGAGGAGCAAGAUAAUGAUGUUGAAUGGUGACCCUUUGGAACCAACGGUCACUGGAGAUAUCCCAAAGCUUGAGCCGGUUCGCCACGGAGUGAAAUCUCCUGUUUAUAUCAAUCCAUUGUCCAUCUCGUUCAUUGUGUUGCCUACCUUUGAUGCUCCUGCUUGUUCAUGAAGGACCAUGACGAUCUUUUGGUAACUUGUAAAAAUGAAAAUCUGAAUAACAAAAAGUGGAUAUACCUUCGCAACUGCAUGCAUACACAUGCUAUUGGACAACAAUACGUUGAUAACUGGGUUUAUUCCAAUCUACUUUCAUAUCA